CACUGGGGGCACUGUGCCGCUACUGCGGCACCAGCGUCAGGACUCAACUGUCGGUCUGUAAUGAGUCAAAUCGUAAUGGCGACUGCUGGAACAGCAGACUGUGGAUCGGCAGCCCCGACAGGGACCAGUGGCAUCCGGAAAAUGGCCCCUUCAGAGAUGCCUGGCUCUUCAGGCACAACUCAGAGUAUGAAGAAGACGAUCGGACACCGGGGGGUUGAGACCACCACAGGAGAGACCACCUACAAAAAGACCACCUCAUCUGCCCUCAAAGGUGCCAUCCAGUUGGGCAUCACUCACACAGUUGGCAGCUUAAGCCAAAAGGCGGAGAGGGAUGUUCUCAUGCAGGAUUUCGUGGUGGUUGAAAGCAUCUUCUUCCCCAGUGAAGGCAGUAACCUCACUCCUGCUCACCACUACAGUGACUUUCGCUUUAAGACCUAUGCUCCUAUUGCCUUUCGUUACUUCAGAGAACUCUUUGGCAUUCGGCCAGAUGACUACCUGUAUUCUCUGUGUAACGAGUCACUGAUCGAGUUGUCUAACCCCGGAGCCAGCGGAUCCCUCUUCUAUGUCUCCAGUGAUGACGAGUUCAUCAUCAAGACUGUUCAACACAAAGAGGCAGAGUUCCUCCAGAAACUUCUACCUGGAUACUUCAUGAACAUAAACCAAAACAAGCGCACCCUGCUGCCCAAGUUCUACGGACUGUAUUGCGUUCAGGCAGGGGGCAAGAAUAUCCGUAUUGUAGUGAUGAACAAUCUUCUGCCUCGGAUCAUCCCCAUGCACCUCAAGUACGACCUCAAAGGCUCCACCUAUAAGAGACGAGCUUCCCCUAAGGAGAGAGAAAAGGCCGUUCCCAUUCACAAAGACCUGGACUUCAUCCAGGACUUACCUGACAGUCUGCUGCUGGAAGGAGACAACUACAAUGCCCUGUGCAAGACUAUUCAGAGGGACUGUUUGCUCUUGCAGAGUUUCAAGAUCAUGGAUUACAGUCUGUUGAUGGGCAUCCACAACAUGGACCAGGCCAGUCGAGAGCGGGAACGUAGCGGGGGAAACUCGGGUGACAGUGGGGGGUCGGAGGGACCAGUGACCCCAGAUCAUCGCCGGCCACAAACUCAGAAAAGUCUGUACUGUACAGCCAUGGAGUCCAUUCAGGGGGAGGCUCGAGGGAAGGGAGCCUUGGAUUCAGAAGAUCACAUGGGCGGUAUUCCAUCUCGUAAUACUAAAGGAGAGAGGCUGCUGAUCUACAUUGGCAUCAUCGACAUUCUCCAGUCCUACAGGUUUAUUAAGAAGUUGGAGCACUCCUGGAAAGCCUUGGUCCAUGAUGGGGACACUGUUUCAGUUCACAGACCCGGCUUCUAUGCAGAUCGUUUUCAGCAAUUCAUGUGCAACACAGUGUUCAAGAAAAUUCCAUUAAAACCAUCUCCAUCUAAGAAGAGUCGUGGUGGAGGUCAGGGAGGUCUUAGGAGGGCCCCCACACUGGGAGCUCCCACCCAGCUCUCCCACUCAACAGGACAGUCAGCUGUUGACUGCAGACUAGUCUACCACAGCCACUUUAAAAGCACAGAUUCAGAAGCAGACAGUGGUGUGCAGUUGGGCAGACCAGAUCUUGUUCCGAGGACCCCUCCACUGGGGGAAAACCCUUCGGACUAUGAGGCCAACCUGUCUACCUCGUCACUUGGCAGCACAGGAGUCGCCUCUACCUCUCCUCCCCUACGGUCUGUAGGGGUGGAGGUACACAAAUCAGCAAACACAGAGCUUGACCAUCACAGUUUGGAGGCAGAAGGGGCUGUCGAUAACUCGGGCAACAACGAAGAUGUCAUUUCACUGUCAGACAUCAUCCCUGAGACAAACAUCUGUUUUUAAACAAACAGUAUUUGAAGACCCCGUUUCUGGGUGGAAGAGAGGAUAAAGAGUGAAAGUCGCCCAUCCAACACGGACCCUCCGUUGCACCUCUGUUGGUACAUACACCCAUACAGUACAUACAAGCAUCGCUGAAUGAAGCAGCGAGGUGCAAUGGAGGUUGUGACGAUGAAGAAAAUAGUCAUGGGGAAGAUCACGAAGAAGACAAUAUGUGGAAGGCUUUUGCUUUCCCAGCCAUUGACAUCAACUGUUUCUAUACACCUGGACACAAAAGGCUAAUGACCCUGAAUUUGCAGCUCUUCUCUAAUCUCUAAAAAACAUUUUACUUCUCGUUGACAAAAUGAAGGAUGCUUCAAUUACAUAACAGACACAAUAAUUAGUUGUAUAUUGUUACAAGCCCAGUGGAUGAUGAAGGCAGUCAAGUUAUCCAUAAAGAGACGGUCAUUGUGUCCACUCUUCGCAGCAUGAAGCGAUUGUGAGACGACACAGACAGCAUUUCAGCAGGAACACGCCCAUUUCUGGGCACAAAAAGGGCGUGGCCUGCAUUUGUAGGAGUGAAUAUUUGCCUCUGUGUUCAUGCGGAGUCGAAGUGGGUUCACAUUUCCGUGAUUUACACUGAAAUGUUCCCAUCACCACACUUCCAUUUCCCCCUUGUUACACGUAAGCAGUGGCACUCUAAACUAUCAACAGUCCUUGUUCAAAUCGACACUUACUGCUGUUGACUCUGCAAUCAUGUAUGCAUUUCUAUGUACUGAUUGUGGAUGUACAGUAUUUGUUUGAAUUUGGAUCCCGAAACAGUGGAGAAAUGGGUUCAACCACACCUAUACGGCCAUUUUGUUUCAUUUUUUGAUUUAAGUUAUUCUGCUGGAAGCCACAGUGGUGCUGCAAAAGAUCCAACUGGAUAUCACCACUGCUGAAUGUACAUUACAAUGUUUUCUUAUAUAGAAUGUGUCUUAUUAACGUGGCAGACCACAUUUGUACGACCCUGAAAAUCUCCCCCUCUGAUGUGACCAUAUGUGCUAUAAAUAACUAGAGAGAAGAGCUGUCGACAGCAUUGCUGGCCAGUAGAUGCUGUGAAAUGAACUCGUAGAAUAUUAAUAAUUUCCAGCUACCGUCAUUCGUCUGUCAUGUCUGUGCCUUUUUUUACAUGCUCGUCCCUUCCCCAACAUGUGAUGUAUAACUGACAUGUUUUAUAGGUUAGUGUUGUAGUCACACAGAGAAACCUGCCUUAUCACUACAGCUGAAGUUGUCAAACUGCCAUUUGUAUGUCUGUACCAACGAUCAGGGCGUAAAAAUAAUUUCUGAUUUUAAUGCAAACACUACUCCAAUCUAUUUUGGUUCUGUGUAUGACGAGUGCUCGGUCGCUGUGUUUCAUCAGCACAGCUGAUCCCGUUAACUCCCCCGAUGUCUGACAGUGAGGAUGACUAUCUCUUUUAUUAUUAUUAUUAUUAUUAUUAUUAUUUCUGCGGGUUACAGAAAUGACUCCCGCCCACAGCCACUCUUGGACCAAUAUUAAUAACCAUGUGUAUAACUAAUUUUUGUAUUUUUUUUGUAUGGAGUCUCUCAGUGUUUACUCGGCUGUGUAUAACAAUUGUGCUUUUUUCACAAUGUUUUUUGUGUUUGUUGUUUAGGGCAUAAACAAGCUGCAGAGAGCUUUUUACCCCACAAGAUUGUUCUAAUACAGAAAUUUGAAUCACUACAAAGUGACUGUAGCAACACUCGAGAUCUUGGACAUCAUCUCAUUUAAGGUAUUACUAUUUAUGUUUUGUAGGCACAUUUGGUCUAUGCAGCAGAGAGGGAGAGGAGGGGAAAUGUGAGUUGUGAAUAUAGAUGAAAGGAAAACUACUCCUGUUCAGCUGAGGAUUUAGGACUGAGUCUUUUGUCUCCUAAACCAGUCGUGGAACCAAAGAAAAGAGUGGGGAGUUCCUGUAAUUGUUCAGGAUCCAGUGCAGUGGACAUGAAAAUGAAGUCAGACACUCCUUGAUACCUGCAUGGACGGAUACAUUGUACAUGGUAAUAACACUGGGUUGUCCUGUGUUUUAAGGAUGUACUUUUAGACUGGAUGUUUGUUUGUUUUUGCUAAAUAGUGUCUUGUCUGAUAAGCUGUAUCUGACAUCAAUUUAUUGUUUCUUUAUCAAAGAAUUUGUUUACUUUUUUUGGCCUGAGACAUUUCAAGAUUUAACUCCACAUUCCUGCGAAAUUCAGUUUAAAUUCACUACAGUUGUGGAAUUAGGACGAUGUACUUGAAAUGUAUUGUUUCUGAUACUAUGCUGAAAUGUAAUAAGUGGAUUAUUUCAAACUUUCAAAGGUUGGUUGAGAGUCAAACAGCCACCAAAGAAAAACCUCCAGGAAAUUCUUUCUCCUGUGACACCUACAUUUUGAGGUUUUAUGUUGUAACUUUCUUUUUUGAUGGGUGGUACUAUGUAAUUGCCGGAUGCAGACCAGUUCUCUCGCAGUCAUGUGCUACGCCAUGGCACAACAGAAACAUCCUACGGUGCUUAAAGGGCGGUGCAGACACUACAAUAUGUUUGAAAUAAUGCAAUAUAUAUAUAUAUAUAUAUAUAUAUAUAUAUACACAAACCACAAACUGCCACAUUUCAUUUCUAAGAAGUAUAUUUAUUACGAUUGUUGCAGGCUGGAAUGAUAAAGGUUGUAUUAUGUACCUUUUAGAUGAUUGUACGUUUACUGUAUACUGACAAAAGGAUGUCUGAAACUUUAUAGCGUGUACUGCCUAUGAAGGGGGACUAUUGACAAUUUCACUUUUUAUAUUUGAAGGUUCAGAUUGUGAUAUGGAUAUAUUCGCUCCACAAUGAUUCUGGGUUGUUAAUCUCCCAAACCUUUUCUACAUGAAUGUUUCUCAACGCUGACGAGCCAACAUUGCUGGUUGUCCUAUAAUGCUUCAAUUACUAUAUUUUUACUGUGUAUAAAAUGUGUAUAUGUACAUAGGAGUCACGGAAAUGCCUUCUCAUGCAAUAUGUGCUGCCUGUCCCUCCUGCCAUGUGUCAGUUAUGUGGUGGUGAUGUUCUCAUGUUUGAUUUUAAAGUAUUAAACAUAUUUUUUAAAUCUUG